AUGCCACAUCCUCCACGUGCCGCGGAGCCACUUCCUCCACGUGCCGUGAAACCAGCUCCUCCACGUGCUGCAGAUCCACCUCGCGAGGUUCAGCAUCCAAAUCCCGUCGAAUUGUUAGGCAAUUGUGAUGGUGAAGAUGAAAGCCUUGUUGUUUACGAGCUUUGCAACAAUGGAAACCUCUCAGAAUGGCUAUUCGGUAAACAUAAGUUUCUGAAUUGGAUCCAAAGACUCGAAAUUGCAAUCGACUGCGCAAGAGGACUCUGGUUUCUCCACACGUACACCGAAGGCUGCAUCGUGCAUCGCAAUAUUAAGCCGACAAACAUACUUCUCGGAACAAACUUCGAAGCAAAGCUAUCGGAUUUCGGAUUAUCGAAAGUGAUUUGCAUGGGAAAUUCGUACGUGAGCUCUGAGGUAAAGAAUCUGAGAAAAGGAGGGGUUAUAACGGAAUUUGCCGACGGAAAACUGAACGGAGAAUAUUCCGUUGAGUCGUUUGAGUUGGUGUUUAAGGUGGCUUUGUCGUGUAGUGGGCUUAAGCAACACCGGCUGUCUAUGGGAAGAGUCGUGGCGGCGUUGGAGAAAGCUCACCGUAUUUCGCAAAGAGUUAGGUCUCUUGAUUUUUCAUUUCAGGCUGUGUAA